UUCUCCCUGUCUAAACCGAGAGAGAGAGCAACAAACAAUUAAUACACCACAAAACAACAACGCUAUUUCUGUCCGUGCCAACCCAUUCUCCAUUUCUGUAUCGGAUCAUGUGUUUUUGAUCACCUGUUGCCGAUACUCUGAAGCUCAAGCCUAGUUUGUGAGUCUGUUUGAUCGGAAUUUGGCUGAAUCAGAAGCCGUCAAUAUGACUCGGCGAUGUUCUCAUUGCAGCCACAAUGGCCAUAACUCAAGGACUUGCCCGCACCGCGGUGUUAAGCUCUUUGGAGUUCGAUUGACCGAUGGCUCGAUCCGGAAGAGUGCAAGUCUGAGUAGUCUCAGCCACUAUGCUGGGUCGAGCUCCGGAGCUCAUCAUGCUGGGUCCGUCAAUCCGGGUUCGCCCGGUGACACGCCUGAUCAUGGUGCUGCACCCGACGGUUACGCCUCCGAGGAUUUUGUUCCUGGGUCAUCAUCAGUUUCCCGGGAGAGGAAGAAGGGUGUUCCUUGGACUGAGGAGGAGCAUAGAUUGUUCUUACUUGGAUUGCAGAAGCUUGGCAAAGGUGAUUGGCGCGGAAUUGCCCGUAAUUAUGUUAUAUCAAGGACACCAACUCAAGUAGCAAGCCAUGCUCAGAAAUAUUUCAUCAGGCAGAGCAACGUAUCUAGGAGGAAAAGACGUUCAAGUCUGUUUGACAUUGUUGCUGAUGAAACUGCUGAUACACCAAUGGCAGAACAAGACUUCUUGCCGCCUUGUCAGCCAGAGGCCGAAACAGAAGGCAAUGAUCCCCUGUCAGCUCCCCCAGCCAUUGAUGAAGAGUGUGAAUCCAUGGAUUCCGAUAAUUCAAAUGAUGGAGACUCUGCCUCUUUAAAGCCAGAUAGCUCACAGUCAUACUCGCAAUUCCCAGUGAUAUAUCCUGCUUACUUUUCUCCUUUCUCCCCAUUUCCUUUGCCUUAUUGGUCUGGAUACAGUCCAGAGCCCACCAAGAAGGAGACAGUACAUGAAGUGCUGAAGCCUACUGCAGUACAUUCUAAAAGCCCCAUCAAUGUUGAUGAAUUGGUUGGCAUGUCAAAACUCAGUUUAGGGGACUCUAUCGGUGACUCUGGCCCUUCCUCUCUUUCAUUAAAACUCCUCAAGGGGCCCUCUCGGCAAUCAGCUUUUCAUGUAACUCCCUCAUAUGGUAAUUCAGACAUGAAUGGCAAUGCAAUCCCUGCAGUUUAAGGAAAUCUUCUGGCGAGUUAACUUCAGGCUAGCUCAGUAAUGUCACGAUUAUCUACAAAUACGGGGUUCAGAACUUAGCUCUUGUGUUAGCCACGUAUAUUUGGUUGCGAUAGCAGCAUAGUUCUCUUCCUUUUUCACAUUAAUUAUUAACUUGUUUCUUUUCUGGUAGGCUGUAGCAACUAGGAAUUGUUUGGGUCUAAAACUUGUUAUUUGUCAAGUUAUCAAUUACUUAUUAUUUAUUUAUUCCCUAUAGCAUAAGAGUCAAAAGUUGGUUCUGCAGUAUGGCAUCCUUCGAA